AUGGACUCAUAUGAGCAUCAGUCAGAGCACCGCAAGAAAAGACGGCGGCGCGAAGUGCUCCCCACGCCAGUGUCAGCUCGGCUCACCUUCGACGACAGUGUAGCUGGGGACGCUGCUGUUGUGUCGCCGUCGCUGUGGCAGCUGUUGAGCAAGAAUGGUACCUCGCAUGACACCACUCGUACGCGUAUAGUGGGCGCUUACUCGGAUGAAGCAGAGACCACGCCGGAUGACGAGACACCUGACCAGUCCUACAUUGCGAUCGCGCCUUCCACGCCUCUGCAUACGACUGUGCAGGAGUCUGUGUGGACGGUCCUGCAGGCCGAGGAAUCAGGUAUCAACGUUGGCAGUGACGAAGGACCCAACGCCCACUACAUCAAGCUGUCGUCCAAGUCCACCGCAUGCGCAUCCUUCUUGAGAGCGCUCGCGGCACUCGACCAUCACCGUCAUGGGGGCCGGGUCCCAAAAACACUCGAGAUCAAAGCCGUGUCCGUAGCACCACUCACGUUAGACACUGUCUACGUGGAGAUCGAGAAAGGUCUAGUGGCCAAGGUCGACGAGAUUCAGAGCAGAUUCGGGGGCGGCUUCCAGCAGCACGGCAAACAGUGGAAGACACCGAACCAUUUCCACAUCCAAGAGAAGUCACAGAAACCGGAGGAGCGCCUAAAAACUCUCAUACGAGGUGCCCUCUCACACCUGACACUGAUCCAUGCCGGCGAUGUCUUCCCGCUUCCGCUGCCACCGCACCCGAUCACACACGCUCGACCCUCGCCUGCCACUGCAAUAGAAUGCGAGCCAGUGUCUCAGGGCAUUGUGACUGCCACUACGAAGAUUGUACUGAUACAGUCUGGUGCCUCGCAUGUCAAGGCAGUACAAAAGCUGGAGUCUGCUCAACCGAUCAUAGAAGAGUCGCUCGAAGACACAGCGGAGGACACGUCCACCGAGCAGUUCUUCUCUGCUGCUGAAGAUAAGCAGACGACGACCGCAUCAGAAGCAGAAGCGGAGCAAGACGAUGAAUCCGAAUCAGAGCAGUCGGGGCAAGAUAAUAGCGACGAUGACGAAUCAGAUUCAAUGGAAGAUAUGAUCUCUUUGGCUGCGCCGGGAUUGCCUCCUCAGCAGGCAGGGACGUUGUCGGCUAUGACUAGCGCCACACCGAGGCCAGGGGACAGGCGAGGCAUACAGACUCCCGGCUCCGUGUAUUCUAGCUUCAGUGCCGCCACAGCAAGAGCUGGCAAUCGACCGGGGAAGGUUUUCAGAACCGAGCCACUCCUACGAAAGAUCCCAAAGGAGCUGUUGCACCCGAAGCCAGCGGCUGACGACGACCAAGAUUCAUUCGUGUUUGUCGACACGAGCACCCUGGCUAAAAUCGACUGCUUCUCGGGCGACUGGAUACGGAUAGAGGUGUCUAAGAAUGUCAGUCUGGGAACAUUUUCAACAGCUACUUUUAGUGCCCUUCGAGGGCUUGGCAACGAGGACGAGAGCGACUGGCGAGCUGUUCGCGUUUUCGGCCUGUCUGGUGUGGCAGAGCACAAGGCUCGAUAUGCAGUCGACAAGACUGGUGACCGAAGGAGCAGUUUCUCACACAGAGAUUCCGGGAUGUCUCUGACGCAGAGGAUAUUUCUUUCGCCAAUACUCCUAGCAAAUCUGGGCAACGCUUCUUUCGUGAAGAUCGGCGCGCUGCCUAAGCCCACGCGGCACGACAUCCGGCAGCGACCGCCAUCGUCCAAAUCACCGCCAUUCGCGACCAAUGUGACAUUGGCUGGCCUGCCGUCGCCGUUGACGAAAAGGCGAGAACUCGAUGCUGUGAUUAUGUCAGGCUUGAAACGUGUUUUCGAGGUCGAGAAACGCCUGAUCAAGCGAGGUGACCUCAUCGCUGUCCCACUGGAUCAAGAAUUGGGCAGCAUCACCUCUCCAGGUACAGGUGGCAACGAUGCGGCUGCCGAGGAGCUAAGCGGCAGGCUGCAGGCUCUGGAUAUCAGUCGGACACAGCAAAAUGCUAUAGCGUGGUUCUCUGUUCAAAGCCUUGACGCCGAGGAACAAACGUACCGGUCGGAGCUUGAUGGCGGCAACCCGUGGGGUGGAGUCGCGAUUGUUGAUAUCUCGACAGUGCGCCUGAAUGCUCAGAAGAUAUCGCAAGAGGGUGGACGCGUUGCAAGCAUCUCAGAAAACACAAGUCUUUGGUCGAAGUAUUGGCUCGGCAUGUACAACGUUCCUCAACAUGACUUCUUCCGAUCAACUGUUGUUGCGACGCCAUCGUCGCUGCCUCACUUACAGAAGCAGCCUCUGGAAAUUAAGCUUAAAAACCUCAUCUCAGCAGCCGUCAGCCCAAGAGCCAUGAAUCUUGGUAUGCCGCCAGUUGUGAUCUUACUUCACUCGACGCAGAGGCAGGUUGGGAAGCUCUAUACAGCCAAUUCUGCUUGCUCAGCGGUAGGAGUGGAUACGUGGAAGAUUUCCGGCCAAGAUCUGUUGUCCGAGAAUGCUUCCACGACUGGAGGCGGCGAUGUCAAGACGGAAGCUACGCUGAAGGCACGAGCUGAGUUGGCUUUGUCGUGCGGUCCCAGGAGGACGGCCGUUCUGAUACAACACAUUGACGUUCUGACAGCGGCUCGCAUUCAGCCUGCAUUGGAAGAGAUCAUCAAAGGCUCGCGUGUGCUGAUUGCUACGACUUCGAAAAUUGACGAUAUUCCUGAUGGAAUCAGGAGUCUAUUCACUCAUGAGUUUGAGAUCAACGCACCGAACGAGUUCUCUAGAGAGAUCAUACUGCGGAAUGCUUGCGUUUCAAGCUCGCUACUACUGUCACCAAGUAUCAAUUUGAAGAGCAUCGCCUUGCAAACAGCUGCGCUUGUCGCAGGAGAUCUGGUUGAUGUUGUCAGCCGUGCUUCGCUGGCUCGGCAACAGCGCCUGCUCGAUCUGGCCGAGAAGCAAACCGGCGAUGUUGCCGACAUCAACAUUUCUGGUGGACAAGCAACGACUCAUCUGUUGCCUUCAGACUUUACAGGCGCUAUUGCUGCUGCGCGAUCGACGUUCUCCGAUGCCAUUGGUGCCCCUAAAAUCCCAACAGUCACGUGGCAGGACGUCGGUGGCCUUGCUUCUCAGAAGGACGCUAUCAUCGAGACUAUCUCCUUGCCAUUGACACACCCAGAGCUGUUUGCCAAUGGCGUCCGUAAACGCAGUGGCAUACUCUUCUACGGUCCGCCAGGCACAGGCAAGACGCUGCUUGCCAAAGCAAUCGCCACGGAGUUCUCUCUCAACUUCUUCUCGGUCAAAGGACCUGAGCUGCUCAACAUGUACAUCGGUGAGUCCGAAGCCAAUGUGCGUCGUGUCUUUCAACGGGCGAGAGACGCACGCCCUUGCGUCGUGUUCUUCGAUGAGUUGGACUCCGUGGCUCCAAAACGUGGCAAUCAAGGUGACUCUGGCGGUGUCAUGGAUCGCAUUGUCUCACAGCUUCUAGCGGAGCUUGAUGGCAUGUCGUCCUCCACGCCAUCCGAUGACGAUGAUCCAGCUGCAGCGUCCGCAGGAGGUGGCUCAGGAGUCUUCGUCAUUGGCGCAACGAAUCGACCUGACCUUCUCGAUCCUGCGCUACUUCGACCCGGCCGUUUCGACAAGAUGCUCUAUCUUGGCGUCGCUGACUCACACGAGUCUCAAGUCACGAUAUUGAAAGCUCUCACUCGCAAAUUUACGCUCGAUGCUAGCGUCGACCUCAUGCGUGUCGCCAGCCGUUUGCCGUUCACCUACACUGGUGCCGAUCUAUACGCGCUAUGCUCGGAUGCGAUGUUGAAGGCCAUCACUCGCAAGACAGAAGCUGUGGAUGAGAAGGUUCGGACAAUUAGCAAGACUCGUGGCGAAGAGAUCACCACUGGAUACUUCUUCGACCACCUGGCGACUGCGGAAGAUACCGAAGUAGUGGUCAACGAAGACGACUUCCAAGCAGCGCAGGAUGAGCUGGUUGGCAGCGUCAGUCAAAAGGAGCUACAGCACUUCGAAAGAGUCCGGACCCUGUUCGAAGAGCAAGAUAUCAGCAAAGGGACAGAGGCGGAAAAGAAACAGCAGCAGAUAAAGCCGCAACCGCAUUUCCCACUCAAAAGGCAGGACACGGCUGUACGAAGUCCUCCCAUUCAGGUGGCCAAGGACACACCACCCAGCCCGUUGCAGUUCGCAACACCUCCGCAGAGACAGCCCGCUGUGCGACAAGCCAACAUCGAGGCAGAUACCGACGUUGCUGGCAAAGGUAAAGGCAAGCAGCCCCCCUUCAACAGCCCGGUCCGUCAACGUAGCGUGGCGAAGAACAUCAGCCACAUUGCGAACCCGGACUCCGGCGCUGAAGACGACAUGCGGGUCAUGGAUCCUGAAGCGUACAAUGAUAGCGACUUGGACUAUCGAAACUUGAGCAGCGCUGCAGAGAGCGAUUGGGGCAUGUCGAAGCGAGGUCCCGCUGUCAAUGGCUUUGAUGGGCCCUAUAGCAACGGGUCUGCGAUAAAUAAAGGCAAGGGAAAGGCAGUACAGGUCGACGGCCAUGGGAAUGGCAAUGGAAAUGGCUAUGGUCAUGCAAGGCAGAUAUCUGGAGGCGUAGGUGGAGGAGCGUUUCAUAGUGAUCUUGGUGAAGAUGGUGAAGAGGAGGAGGGCUUGUAUGAUGACUGA